GACACCUCCGGGCCCACUUCCCUUAGUCACCCUGUGGGUGCCUGUCGGACUACACGAGAAUGGAGCUGGUGGCCCCAUCUGCAGUGACCAUUUUCUGAAUGACCCUGCUCCUUUUUCUAUCCUGCCUGAUUAUCUCUUGCCUGACCUUUUCCUGGUUAAAAGUCUGGGGUGAAAUGACGGACUCCAAGCCAGUCACCAAAAGUCAACUGAAAGCUCCCUCCCUCCUGGGUCGGGAGCCUCUCCCAGCCUCAGACAGCUCCCCAGAGCCUCCGCAGGAAAAUGACAACAGCAGCUCUCUGCCAAAGACCUCCAGCCAGGCUGAGCCUGCCUCCCACAAAGGCCCCAAAGAUACCGGCAGGCAGAGAACUUCCCGGCCACCCCCACAGCAGGACCCCCAAGGAAACCCCCUCUUCUCCUCUGAUGCCCCCGCAGCACCCCAAGCCAACGUGACUCGGGCCGCAGACCUGGAGGCCCCAAAUGCCAGUGGCCUGGCCUUGCCAGCCAGACCCCAGGGCCAGCGAGCCAAAACUCUCUCCAGACAAGACAAGAAGCAAGAGCACAUCAAGAGGCAGCUGAUGACCAACUUCAUCCUGGGCUCUUUUGACGACAACUCCUCUGAUGAGGACUCUGGUGCUGGCUUGUUCCGAGACUCCUCCCGGAAGGGCAGCCGGGCCAGCCUGGGGACCCUGGGCCUGGAGGCUGCCCCGACCACAGGCGAGGCUGAGACCCCUGUCACCACGAUAAGGCCCAGCAUGUCGGGGUUCCAUCUGGCAAGAAGAGAACAGAAGAAGCUGGACCUGCACAGGGACUUCACUGUGGCUUCCCCCGCCGAGUUUGUCACACGCUUUGGGGGGGAUCGGGUCAUCGAGAAGGUGCUCAUCGCCAACAAUGGCAUCGCUGCUGUGAAGUGCAUGCGCUCCAUCCGCAGGUGGGCCUACGAGAUGUUCCGAAAUGAGCGGGCCAUCCGGUUUGUAGUCAUGGUAACCCCUGAGGACCUCAAGGCCAAUGCAGAGUAUAUCAAGAUGGCAGAUCAGUAUGUCCCUGUCCCAGGAGGGCCCAACAACAACAAUUAUGCCAAUGUGGAGCUAAUUGUGGACAUUGCCAAGAGGAUCCCUGUGCAGGCAGUGUGGGCUGGCUGGGGCCAUGCUUCUGAAAACCCCAAACUUCCGGAGCUCCUGCACAAGCACGAGAUUGCUUUCUUAGGUCCUCCCAGUGAGGCCAUGUGGGCCCUGGGAGACAAGAUUGCCUCCACCAUUGUGGCCCAGACCCUGAAGAUCCCAACAUUGCCCUGGAGCGGAAGUGGUCUGACAGUGGAGUGGACAGAAGACAGUCUACAGCAGGGACAAAGGAUCAGUGUCCCACAGUGCAUUUAUGAGGAAGGUUGCGUGAAAGAUGUAGAUGAGGGCUUGGAGGCAGCAGAAAAAAUUGGUUAUCCCUUGAUGAUCAAAGCUUCUGAAGGUGGUGGAGGGAAAGGAAUACGGAAGGCCGAGACCGCCGAGGACUUCCCAAUCCUUUUCAGACAGGUGCAGAGCGAGAUCCCUGGCUCCCCGGUCUUUCUCAUGAAGCUGGCCCAGCACGCCCAUCACCUGGAGGUCCAGAUCCUCGCCGACCAGUAUGGAAACGCCGUGUCCCUGUUUGGGCGUGACUGUUCCAUCCAGCGGAGGCAUCAGAAGAUCAUAGAGGAGGCGCCAGCCACCAUCGCCACGCCAGCCGUGUUUGAGUUCAUGGAGCAGUGUGCUGUGCGCCUGGCCAAGACUGUGGGCUACGUGAGCACAGGGACAGUUGAAUACCUCUACAGCCAGGAUGGCAGCUUCCACUUCUUGGAGCUGAAUCCCCGCCUGCAGGUGGAACAUCCCUGCACGGAAAUGAUCGCUGAUGUCAACCUGCCGGCUGCCCAGCUACAGAUCGCCAUGGGUGUGCCGCUGCACCGGCUGAAGGAUAUCCGGCUUCUGUAUGGAGAGUCCCCGUGGGGGGUGACGCCUAUUGCUUUUGAAACCCCUACCAACCCUCCCGUGGCCCGAGGCCACGUCAUCGCAGCUAGAAUUACCAGCGAAAACCCAGAUGAGGGGUUUAAGCCGAGCUCCGGAACAGUCCAGGAAUUGAAUUUCCGCAGCAGCAAGAAUGUGUGGGGUUAUUUCAGCGUGGCGGCUGCUGGUGGAUUACAUGAAUUUGCUGAUUCCCAGUUUGGGCACUGCUUCUCCUGGGGAGAGAACCGGGAAGAGGCUAUUUCGAACAUGGUGGUGGCUUUGAAGGAACUGUCCAUCCGAGGCGACUUCAGGACCACGGUGGAAUAUCUUACCAACCUCCUGGAGACGGAGAGCUUCCAGAACAAUGACAUUGACACCAGCUGGCUGGAUAACCUCAUCGCCGAGAAAGUGCAGGCCGAGAAGCCAGAUAUCAUGCUCGGGGUGGUGUGCGGAGCGUUGAACGUGGCCGACUCAAUGUUCAGAACCUGCAUGACGGAGUUCUUACACUCGCUGGAAAGGGGCCAAGUCCUCCCUGCAGACUCUCUGCUGAACAUUGUGGAUGUGGAAUUAAUCUACGGAGGCGUGAAGUACAUUCUUAAGGUGGCCCGACAGUCCCCAACCAUGUUUGUCCUCAUCAUGAACAACUGUCACAUCGAGAUCGACGCCCAUCGGCUGAACGACGGGGGGCUGCUGCUGUCCUAUAAUGGGAACAGCUACACCACCUACAUGAAAGAAGAGGUCAACAGUUACCGCCUCACCAUCGGCAACAAGACCUGUGUGUUUGAGAAGGAGAACGAUCCCACCAUCCUGAGAGCCCCUUCUGCUGGGAAGCUGAUGCAGUACACGGUGGAGGACGGGGGCCACGUCGAGGCUGGGGGCAGCUUCGCUGAGAUAGAGGUGAUGAAGAUGAUCAUGACCCUGAACGUGCAGGAAAGUGGCCGGGUGAAGUAUGUCAAGCGCCCAGGGGCUGUAUUGGAAACAGGCUGUGUGGUGGCCAGGCUGGAGCUCGAUGACCCUUCCAAAGUGCACCCAGCUGAGCCAUUCACAGGAGAGCUUCCCCACCAGCAGACGCUGCCCAUCCUUGGAGAGAAGCUGCACCAGGUUUUCCACAGCGUCCUGGAAAACCUGACUAACAUCAUGAAUGGCUACUGUCUGCCGGAGCCUAUUUUUAGCAUGAAGCUGAAGGACUGGGUGCAGAAGCUCCUGAUGACUCUCCGGCACCCAUCGCUGCCACUGCUGGAGCUGCAGGAGAUCAUGACGAGUGUGGCGGGCCGCAUCCCCCCACCUGUGGAGAAGGCAGUCCGCAGGGUGAUGGCUCAAUAUGCCAGCAACAUCACCUCGGUGCUAUGUCAGUUCCCCAGCCAGCAGAUAGCCACCAUCUUGGACUGUCACGCGGCCACCCUGCAGCGGAAGGCCGACCGGGAGGUCUUCUUCAUGAACACCCAGAGCAUUGUGCAGCUGGUCCAAAAAUACCGCAGCGGGACCCGCGGCUAUAUGAAGGCGGUGGUGUUGGAUCUCCUGCGAAAAUAUUUACUGGUUGAGCACCAUUUCCAACAAGCCCAUUAUGACAAGUGUGUGAUAAACCUCAGGGAGCAGCUGAAGCCGGACAUGUCCCGGGUGUUGGACUGCAUCUUCUCCCACGCGCAGGUGGCCAAGAAGAACCAGCUGGUGAUCAUGUUGAUCGAUGAGCUCUGUGGUCCAGACCCUUCUCUGUCAGACGAGUUGACUGCCAUCCUCAAUGAGCUGACUCAGCUGAGCAAGAGCGAGCACUGCAAGGUGGCCCUCAGAGCCAGGCAGGUCCUGAUCGCCUCCCACCUCCCCUCCUACGAGCUGAGGCACAACCAGGUGGAGUCUAUUUUCCUGUCGGCCAUCGACAUGUACGGCCACCAGUUCUGCCCUGAAAACCUCAAGAAACUAAUACUGUCAGAAACGACCAUAUUCGACGUCCUGCCCACUUUCUUCUAUCAUGCUAACAAUGUCGUCUGCAUGGCAUCCUUGGAGGUUUAUGUGCGGAGGGGCUACAUGGCCUAUGAGUUAACCAGCCUGCAGCACCGGCAGCUCCCGGAUGGCUCCUGCGUGGUGGAAUUCCAGUUCAUGCUGCCCUCCUCCCACCCAAACCGGAUGGCCGUGCCCAUCAGUGUCACCAACCCUGAACUGCUGAGACACAGCACAGAGCUCUUCAUGGACAGUGGCUUCUCCCCCCAGUCCCAGCGGAUGGGGGCCAUGGUCGCCUUCCAGAGAUUUGAGGAUUUCAUCAGGAACUUUGAUGAGGUCAUCUCCUGCUUCGCCAAUGUGCCCACAGACACCCCCCUCUUCAGCAAGGCCCGCACUUCCCUGUACUCCGAGGACGACAGCAAGAGCCUCCAAGAAGAGCCAGUCCACAUCUUGAAUGUGGCCAUUCGGUAUGCGGACCACCAUGAGGAUGAGCAGCUGGUGCCCAUUUUCCGGACAUUUGUGCAGUCCAAGAAAAACAUCCUCGUGGAUCAUGGACUCCGAAGAAUCACAUUCCUGCUUGUCCAAGAGAAAGAAUUUCCUAAGUUUUUCACAUUCAGAGCAAGAGACAAGUUUGCAGAGGAUCGCAUUUACCGUCACUUGGAGCCAGCCCUGGCCUUCCAGCUGGAGCUCAGUCGGUUGCGAAACUUUGACGUGACCGCCAUGCCCUGUGCCAACCACAAGAUGCACCUGUACCUGGGCGCCGCCAGAGUGCAGGAGGGCGCCGAGGUGACGGACCACAGGUUCUUCAUCCGCGUCAUCAUCAGGCACUCGGACCUGAUCACCAAGGAGGCCUCCUUCGAGUACCUGCAGAAUGAGGGUGAGCGGCUCCUCCUGGAGGCCAUGGACGAGCUGGAGGUGGCGUUCAACAACACCAGCGUGCGCACCGACUGCAACCACAUCUUCCUCAACUUCGUGCCCACUGUCAUCAUGGACCCCUCCAAGAUCGAGGAGUCGGUACGCUCCAUGGUCAUGCGCUACGGCAGCCGGUUGUGGAAACUCCGAGUGCUCCAGGCUGAGGUCAAGAUCAACAUCCGCCAGACCACUACUGACAGUGCUGUUCCCAUCCGCCUGUUCAUCACCAAUGAGUCAGGCUACUAUCUGGACAUCAGCCUCUACAAAGAAGUGACCGACCCCAGAUCUGGAAACAUCAUGUUUCACUCCUUUGGCAACAAACAAGGGCCCCAGCAUGGGAUGCUCAUCAACACUCCCUAUGUCACCAAGGAUCUGCUUCAGGCCAAGCGGUUCCAGGCCCAGUCCCUGGGUACCACCUAUGUGUAUGACUUCCCGGAAAUGUUCAGGCAGGCUCUUUUUAAAAUGUGGGGAUCACCAGACAAGUACCCCAAAGACAUCCUGACAUAUACCGAACUGGUGCUGGACCCUCAGGGCCAACUGGUGGAGAUGAACCGACUUCCUGGAGGAAACGAGGUGGGCAUGGUGGCCUUUAAAAUGAGGCUUAAGACCCUCGAGUACCCAGAAGGGCGGGACAUCAUCCUCAUCGGCAAUGACAUCACCUUCUGUAUCGGGUCCUUUGGGCCCAGGGAAGACCUCCUGUACCUGCGGGCAUCUGAGCUGGCCCGGGCAGAGGGCAUCCCCAAAAUCUACCUUGCCGCCAACAGUGGGGCCCGAAUCGGCCUCGCAGAGGAGAUCAAACACAUGUUCCAGGUGGCGUGGGUGGACCCGCGAGACCCCUACAAGGGAUUUAAAUACCUGUACCUGACCCCCCAAGACUACACCAGAAUCAGCUCCCUGAACUCCGUCCAUUGUAAACACAUCGAGGAGGAAGGAGAAUCCAGGUACAUCAUCACGGAUAUCAUCGGGAAGGAGGAAGGCCUGGGCGUGGAGAAUCUGAAGGGCUCAGGCAUGAUUGCUGGAGAGACCUCCCUGGAUUACGACGAGAUCGUCACCAUCAGCCUGGUGACCUGCCGAGCCCUGGGGAUCGGGGCCUACCUGGUGAGGCUGGGCCAGCGAGUGAUCCAGGUGGAGAAUUCCCACAUCAUCCUGACAGGGGCCAUGGCUCUCAACAAGGUCCUGGGCAGAGAGGUCUACACAUCUAACAACCAGCUGGGCGGCGUACAGAUCAUGCAUUGCAAUGGUGUGUCCCAUGUCACUGUGCCGGACGACUUUGAGGGCGUUUGUACUAUCCUGGAGUGGCUCUCCUAUAUGCCAAAGGACAAUCACAGCCCAGUCCCGAUCAUCACACCCACUGACCCCGUGGACAGAGAAAUUGAAUUCCAACCAUCCCGAUCGCCCUAUGACCCCCGGUGGCUGCUUGCAGGAAGACCUCACCCAACUCUAAAGGGAUCCUGGCAGAGUGGAUUCUUCGACCAAGGCAGUUUCAAGGAAAUCAUGGCGCCCUGGGCCCAGACCGUGGUGACAGGACGAGCCAGGCUAGGGGGAAUCCCCGUCGGAGUGAUCGCUGUGGAGACUCGGACAGUGGAGUUGGCUGUGCCUGCAGACCCUGCCAACUUGGAUUCUGAGGCCAAGAUAAUCCAGCAGGCGGGCCAGGUGUGGUUUCCAGACUCAGCCUACAAGACGGCCCAGGCCAUCAGGGAUUUCAGCCGGGAAAAGUUGCCCCUGAUAAUCUUUGCCAACUGGAGGGGGUUCUCCGGGGGCAUGAAAGACAUGUACGACCAGGUGCUGAAGUUUGGAGCCUACAUCGUGGAUGGCUUCCGGCAGUACAAACAGCCCAUCCUGAUCUACAUCCCACCCUACGGAGAGCUCCGGGGAGGCUCCUGGGCAGUCAUGGACACCAGCAUCAACCCGCUGUGCAUAGAAAUAUAUGCAGACAAAGAGAGCAGGGCAAGUAUUCUGGAGCCCGAGGGAACAGUGGAAAUUAAAUUCCGGAAGAAAGAUCUGGUAAAGACCAUGAGAAGAAUUGACCCAAUUUACAAGAAGCUCGUGGAACAGCUAGGAUCGUCAGAGCUCUCCAACAAGGACCGAAAGGAGCUGGAAGGCCAGCUGAAGGCCCGGGAGGACCUGCUGCUGCCCAUGUACCACCAGGUGGCGGUGCAUUUCGCGGACCUCCACGACAAGCCUGGCAGGAUGCUGGAGAAGGGCGCCAUCUGUGACAUCCUGGAUUGGAAGACCACCCGCACCUUCCUGUACUGGCGCCUACGCCGCCUGCUGCUGGAGGACCAGGUUAAGCAGGAGAUCCUGCAGGCCUGCAGCGAUCUCAGCCAUGUGCAUGUCCAGUCCAUGCUGCGCCGCUGGUUUGUGGAGACGGAGGGGGCUGUCAAGGCCUACCUGUGGGACAACAACCAGACGGUGGUGCAGUGGCUGGAGAAGCACUGGCAGGUGGGGGAGGGACUGCGCUCCACCAUCCGAGAGAACAUCAAAUACUUGAAGCGAGACUCCGCCCUCAAGACCAUCCGAGGCCUGGUUCAAGAUAACCCCGACGUGGCCACAGACUCCCUGAUAUAUGUAAGCCAGUUUAUCAGCCCAGCCGAGCGUGCCCAGGUCAUUCACCUCUUGUCCACCAUGGAUGGCCCGGCCUCCACCUGACCUUGGUCCUGCCAGGUCACUCGCAAGACCACAGGCAAGAGAAACCACACUGAUCUGCUGACAGCAGGCCCUCCCCAAGUCCUCAGGGUUUGCUUUUUCAAAUCCAUGGCCAAUUGCUGCAAGGCUGCAAACCCCCAACUCUCGCUCGUUUCAAUAAAAGGCUCAGGAGCGCCCCCUUCCAAACAGAAAUCGCCUCCUCUCCAUGGUUGGGUUUUUGUUUUAUCUCUUAAGACAUUUUUGCUACAUUGCUGAAUCCAAUUGAACCCAAACACUCCAGUUUCCAUCCACUUUCUGGUGCCUGCCGUGCGGGAUCCAGGUGUUCUUUCAGGCUCAUUUUGUAUCAGAUCAUAGAAUCUCAUUUUUUUUUACUCUGAGACUAGCUCGUGACUUAAGCAUCUUGUAGAUUUCAGCAAACUAACAAGGAAAGAAAUAGAGACAAGAUAAGAGAAAAAGUGAUUUUUCUGAUGCUGCUUAUUUGGAUCUUCAUGAAUCACUCAGGAAAGGGUAUGAAUGAUUUUUUUUUUUUUAUUGAGAGCAUAAAAUGGCAUUUUGUCCCCAACGUGGCCCUUAGCGAACCCCUAGGAAUGUCCCAUUAGCAGUCCAGUCUUCACUCUCUCAGCAGAGAAUUGUGCAGUCGUAGGAUCUUUUACAUGGUUCACAGCCUCUGCCUGCCUCUUCCCUCCGAGAAGAAGAGGAUGAGCCCUCCCCUGGCGUGUGCCCUCCUGCCUGGGCUGGGAGGCCAGAGAACAGAGGGGAAGCCUCCUCCAAACUCACAGCCCAGAUUGCUCACCAGUGUCAGCAUUGUGACUGCCGUCACCUGCCUUGAAGGGCCCUGCCAAGUCACCCUUGCUCUUUCACCUCUUGCCUUGAUGUCUGCAAUGGGAUCUGGCCCCGAGGGGCAGAGCUAUUGGUUCCCGAGGACUGGACCACGAGGACAAUGCUGAUUCACUCAAAGGGGGCUUGGUGACGUGUCCGCCAGCACCCAGCUUUCAGGGCCACAUGGCAGCGUCAGGACCUGCAAUCCUCCUGGCCCCAUCCAUCUGCACCUGGGUGCCUGUGCUGCCAUGAUGCCCACAUUGUCUGAGUAUGCCAGCCAUUACACCUGGCCACCUUGGAAGCCAGCAAGUUUGCCCCAAGGGAGCCCCUUUAAGCUGAGAUACUGGUAGGAUGUCUGAGGCCAUCAGCCAAUAACAAGCCUGGCCAAUGAAGAUGAUGUGGGGCCCAUGAGGGGUGGGAAAAAGAGAAAUUAGCCAUCAUCCCAUCCUGAGGCUGGUGGGGGUGGAAAGGAAUCCCUGCCCCUUUGGGAACCGAAUGCUUUCUGUGUGUGGGAGGUCCCACUGAUUUGGGAGGCACGAUAAACUAAUGAUAGCUGCUAUCCAGGAAAUGUGUAGAAUAAAUUGUUUUUUGAAGGAA